AUGUUGACGGCUUCAGUUCUUUCUGAGGAAGUCAAGAGUGCAGCCUUCUCUAUUAAAGAGGAUAGCGCCCCGGGUGCUGAUGGACUAACGGGCACUUUUUAUAAGCGGUUCUGGUCUAUUGUGGGUGCAACUACGGUCCAAGAAGUGCAGAGUUUCUUCCAGACAACGAUCUUACCGGCGGGUUGGAACCAUACGUACAUUUGCCUUCUGCCUAAAGUCAACAACCCAUCGAGGCUGACGAAAAUGAGACCUAUCAGUCUUUGCUCAGUGCACUACAAGAUCAUCUCAAAAAUUCUUUGCAACAGGUUGAAAAUAAUUCUACCAGACAUCGUCUCCGACAUUCAGGGUGCUUUUGUUAGUGGUCGCCUCAUCACCGACAAUAUCUUAGUUGCACAUGAGAUGGUACGUGCUUUAAGGACGAAGGAUGGGGUUGACUCAGACUUCAUGGCCAUCAAGACUGAUAUGUCCAAGGCAUAUGAUCACGUUGAGUGGUGUUUUGUGGAGUGUCUACUAGAGAGGAUGGGCUUUGAUAGAAAAUGGGUAACAUGGAUCAGUGCUUGUAUCGGCUCUGUCACAUACUCGGUGCUCUUAAAUGGAAGUCAACAUGGUUUCAUCAAGCCGGAGAGAGGGCUCCGCCAAGGAGACCCACUAUCUCCAUUCCUCUUCAUAUUGUGUGCUGAAGCUCAGGUGAGCACGUUGAAUCAAGCUGAGAUCUUGGGGAAGUUGAAUGGCAUUCGUUUAUCAAGAGAGGGUCCUGCAGUGCAUCACUUGCUUUUUGCCGAUGAUAGUCUAUUGUUAUGCAAGGCAAUGGUGGAUGAAGGAACAGAGUUAGUAAGGAGGCUAAAACUCUAUGGUGAUGCGUCGGGUCAACUGAUAAACACUUCCAAGUCUUCGAUAAUCUUUGGCUCCAAAGUUCCACCACUGAGACUCAAAGGUGGGGGGUCGAAAAUACUGUCUCAAGGAGGAAAAGAGAUUAUUCUUAAGUCUGUGGGGAUGGCUUUGCCGGUCUUUGCAAUGAGCUGUUUCCGAUUGCCUAAAGAUCUAUGCGCCAAGCUAACGAGCAUUAUGACUGAAUUUUGGUGGGGAGGUACUGCAGAGAGAAAGAAAAUUCCAUGGGUAGCUUGGAAGAAGCUAUGCAAACCUAAAGACAUUGGUGGUAUGGGUUUUAAGGACUUAGCAUGGUUCAAUCAAGCCUUGUUAUGCAAGCAAGCAUGGAGAAUCUGGUCUAACCCGCAGUCCCUUCUAUCUCGGGUCAUGAAAAGCAGAUACUUUAAGCAAGGAAAUUUCCUUGACUGUCCUCUUUGGUAUAGACCAUCAUACGCUUGGAAGAGCAUUGUACAUGGUCGUGAGUUACUAUCAUCUCCGAGAUAUAGAAUAGAUGAAGUAGACCUUACGCUUAAAGUAUCAGACCUUAUUGAUGAGAGGUAUGGAACGUGGGAUGCGCAGCGGGUACGUCAUUUGUUUUUAGAGGAAGAUGCCAAUCAGAUUCUGGGAAUGAGGCCACAAGUUCAAUGCCCUGACACAAUGGUGUGGGGUUUCAGCAGGAAUGGGGUGUAUGACUCUCAAAGCGGAUACACGUUACUGCAUCUCCUACAAACAGUUGAAAAUCCAGUUGCUGCACCCUCCUUACCUCCUAUUGAGAAAAGACUUUGGUCUAACUUAUGGAAGCCUGAGACCAUUUGUCAUGUGCUUUUCCAUUGUCCGGUUGCGAAGGAGGUAUGGAGAUUAUCAGAGUUUCCUACUCCAGCAGCUGGUUUCUUUACAAACUCUUUCUUCCUGAACUUUCAUCACUUGCUGGAGACAUGGGCAGAUGAGAUAUGGAAGAAGAGUCAACUGGAGUCUGAAGCUUGGAGUGCUGCCAACGUGGGUGACAAGGAGGAUAUUGAUGAGAAUACGGGUGGUUCUGCACUAGCUUGCUGGCAAAAACCGUGUCCAAGUUUCAUCAAAUGUAACAUCGGGUCAUCUUGGACAGAUGCAAACCGAAACUGUGGGGUUGCUUGGCUGACACGGAAUCAUUGUGGUGCUCCUCUAAUUCACAGCCGUUGCUCGUAUUCGAUGGUGGCAUCGUCGCUAGAGGCUGAGCUGUUUAUUUUUUUGUGGGCCACAGAGAGCAUAUCGACGUUGCGACACGAGAAUGUAGUGUUUGAAUCCACUUCCUAUUUGGCAGGAGAGGCAGUUCUGAGCCCUGAUAAUUUUCCUCAGUUUCGUGUCCUGAUUGACACGAUAAGAGAGAAGCUAUCUAGGUUACAAUUGUGGUCCAUAGCUUACGUACACAGCGAAGCGAACCGGUGCGCCGAUGCCAUUGCUCGUAGUGUCACAAGAGAUCAUCGCUAUGCUUCGUAUAUUGAGAAAGGUGGCCCUUCUUGGCUUCUUCCUAUGAUUCGUGCAGAUGCAGUUGACACGGUUAAUGGGUACUAA